UGACCGGAUAUGAAAAGUUUCUCGCAGACAGUUUUCUGUGUUUCUGACAGCUGGAGUUCGUGUUUGUUUUCGUCCAGUCAAGCGAAGGCGGGUGAUGAAGUGAGUUUCUCUGAGCUCCGAGGGUCUGAUAAAGCUCGUCAUCAUGGGGAACCGCGGGAUGGAGGACUUGAUUCCCCUCAUUAACAAGCUGCAGGACGCCUUCAGCUCCAUCGGCCAGAGCUGCAACUUGGAGCUGCCGCAGAUCGCGGUGGUCGGCGGGCAGAGCGCCGGUAAAAGCUCCGUGCUCGAGAACUUCGUGGGAAGGGAUUUUCUGCCGAGAGGAUCAGGAAUCGUCACUCGCAGGCCUCUGAUUCUCCAGCUGGUGAACAGUAAAGCUGAAUAUGCCGAGUUCCUGCACUGUAAGGGCCGCAAGUUUGUGGACUUUGACGAGGUUCGGAUGGAGAUUGAAGCAGAAACGGACCGAAUCACUGGAUCUAACAAGGGAAUCUCUGCAGUGCCCAUUAACCUGCGCGUUUACUCGCCCAACGUGCUGAAUCUGACGCUGAUCGAUCUUCCGGGCAUGACGAAGGUGGCGGUGGGUGACCAGCCGCAGGAUAUCGAGUACCAGAUCCGGGACAUGCUGAUGCAGUUCGGUCUGCGCACCAUCGGUGUGAUCACCAAACUGGACCUGAUGGACGAAGGAACCGACGCCAGAGACAUCCUGGAGAACAAGCUGCUGCCGCUGCGCAGAGGUUAUAUCGGUGUGGUGAACCGCAGUCAGAAGGACAUUGAUGGCAGGAAGGACAUCCGUGCGGCCCUGGCUGCUGAGAGGAAGUUCUUCCUGUCCCAUCCAGCAUACAGACACAUGGCAGAGAGAAUGGGCACACCGUACCUGCAGAAAACACUCAACCAGCAACUGACGAACCACAUCCGCGACACAUUGCCGGCGCUGCGCAGUAAACUGCAGUCUCAGCUGCUGUCGCUGGAGAAAGAGGUGGAGGAGUACAAGAACUUCAAACCAGACGAUCCUGCGCGCAAAACCAAAGCCCUGCUUCAGAUGGUCCAGCAGUUCGGUGUGGACUUUGAGAAGCGUAUCGAGGGCUCUGGAGAUCAGGUGGACACUCUGGAACUCUCCGGCGGAGCUCGAAUAAACCGCAUCUUCCACGAGCGCUUCCCCUUCGAGCUGGUGAAGAUGGAGUUUGAUGAAAAGGAGUUGCGGAGGGAGAUCAGUUACGCCAUCAAGAACAUUCACGGAGUCAGGACAGGGCUCUUCACCCCUGAUCUGGCCUUCGAGGCCAUCGUGAAACAGCAGAUUGUUAAACUGAAGGAGCCCUGCCUCAAGUGUGUAGACCUGGUGGUGUCUGAACUCGCCACACUCAUCCACAAGGGCACUGAAAAGCUGAACUCGUAUCCUAGGCUGAGAGAAGAGACGGAGAGAAUAGUCACCACACACGUCAGAGAGAGAGAGAGCAAAACCAAAGAGCAGGUGAUGCUGCUGAUCGACAUCGAGCUCUCCUACAUCAACACAAACCACGAAGACUUCAUCGGAUUCGCCAAUGCGCAGCAGAGAAGUGCUGCCGUCACUAAGAAGCGAGCUGUUCCCAAUCAGGUGAUCCGCCGUGGUUGGCUGACCAUCAACAUCAGCAUCAUGAAGGGCGGGUCCAAAGACUACUGGUUCGUGCUGACGGCGGAGUCUCUGUCCUGGUACAAGGAUGAGGAGGAGAAGGAGAAGAAGUUCAUGCUGCCGCUGGAUAACCUGAAGCUGCGGGAUGUGGAGAAGAGCUUCAUGAGCAACAAACACACCUUCGGCAUCUUCAACACCGAGCAGAGGAACGUGUAUAAAGACCUGCGUCAGAUCGAGCUGGCCUGCGCCACUCAGGAGGAUGUGGACAGCUGGAAGGCCUCUUUCCUCAGAGCGGGAGUCUAUCCUGAGAAAGACCAGGCGAAGGAGUUUAUCUACUCGGAGCUGCUGGCGUACCUGUACUCGUCAGGUGAUCAGAACAGUCUGAUGGAGGAGUCGGCGGAGCAGGAGCAGCGGCGGGACGAGAUGCUCCGCAUGUACAACGCUCUGAAAGAGGCUCUGAAGAUCAUCGGGGACAUCAGCACAUCCACCAUCACCACACAUGUGCCCGCGCCGGUGGACGACACCUGGAUACACACUGACCCCAGUCCUCCAUCUCAGCGUAAGCCGUCAGGAGGUUCAGCCCCGCCCCCUGGCCGUCCUCCUGCAGUGCGAGGCCCCACCCCUGGAGCUCCAGCCCCGCCUCCUCUAAACCCCUCCCCUGCCUUCGGAGCUCCGCCUGUUCCCUCCAGACCCACUACGCUGGAGCCGGCUGUAGCUCCGCCCCCUCAGGUGCCUUCCCGCCCUGCACGGGUCCCGCCCACUGUGCCACCAGGGAUACCCAGGAGGCCUCCAGCGGCUCCAAACAGGCCCACAAUCAUCCGUCCGACAGAACCAUCUCUGCUGGACUGAACAGUGAGCUGCACAUCGGUGCUAGACAUCAACACACACUGUGUGUGUGUGUUGAGCAGAACUGCUGUCUUCAGGGAAUCUAACAGCAGUGUUUACAGAAAUACACUCCGAUCACUGCAUUAACACUCACAUGAACACUAGUGAACUGACUGAUGGUGUUUCCUCAUCAGUACAGGAAUAUUUGCACAUGCAGUGUGUGUUUAACACUGAUGUGUGUUUAUACUAUAAUACUCUCUAAUAUUCGUAUAAUCAGACUCAGUCUGCUAAAGUGCCUCUAUAGAGAGAGCAGACGUGCUUUAUAUGUGUGUUGACUGAUAGUCUCUGAGCUUCAGCUGAAUCUUCAUGUCUUUACUGGAAGCCGGUCAUCAUCAGGGGGUUGGAGCUGUGUGUUUCUCUGACUUCAGUCUGUUUUCUCUAUGUUCUGUAUUUUUCUGAUGACGUUUGGCACUGAAUGCGGACAGAAGCGUGAAUAUCCUACAUGUAAUGAUGAAUAUUAUCAAUAAAAGGGCAAGUAUUGAGCUGC